AUGACUGUACAACCUCGCCGUGUCAUUGUUUUCCCUCACAUUCGAACGGCUUCUCAUGUAUUUUACCAGAUCCUGAGGAGUCAUCCGAUAUUUCAAGCCGUCGAGCCCAAUACCUUCACACGAGCAUUUCUUGUCGGAACUGACAGCCAGAGCUCACGUAGCAAGGACAUAAAUCAACGUGCCCUCCGUAUGAGCGAUGAUGAAGUAUCGAAGAUCAGUUAUCAAAGUAAAUUGGACGACCUAGAGAGGAUGAUGGCUAAAGCUGAACUGAAUGGAAAAUGGUUUUUAGCGUCGGAACAUCCCUUCCUAUUGAUGUCGUCCGCAGAGUUUCAAUCCCAUAUCAGCGUUCCUGGAGGAGAGAUACUGCCCAUGCCUGUAAUUGAGGACCGGAUGCUCGAUGUUACUGCCGACUCGGAAUCACCAUCGAGCGAGUUAAAAAUUCCAGGACAUGUACGGAAUCCGACGUUACUCCCAGACCGAAUCUUCUUCUCGGUCACUCCUAUCAUCACUAUUCGCCACCCCGCCAGAGUCAUUCCUUCCCAUCUUCGCGCACUCAACAAGAUGUUCGGAAUCAGCCUGACAUCUGAUCCAAGCUCCUUAGUCCUUGGAACUACUUUUCGAAUCGAACGCCUCGUAUUUGACGCGUUCAAGUCGUUUGAUGAAUCCAGAGCAGCGGCGGAAGGUCGAGCACCGAGAGUUCCUAUCGUGGUUGACGGGGAGAGGUUGGUUCGACAUCCGCAAAGCCAGAUGGAGAAAGUAUGCGAAGCGUUAGGGAUUGACGCAGCCCUGUUAAAAUACUCCUGGGAAGCGAAACUCAAUAUCAAUGGACUGGAAGGAUUCAUCGAUACUUUCGAUCGGUCUACCGGGGUUAUUUCCGAUCCGAGAUAUGAGAAGCCGCUUGAUUUGCAAGAAGAAGUCAGGAGUUGGGAAAAGGAAUGGGACGAGCAGACUGCUAAGGUUAUGGAGGAAAUGGUGACUGGGGUAAUGGAGGAUUAUGAAUACUUACUUCAGUAUAGUAUUUGA